CUUCAUUUGAAGCAUUUACUAGUUAGUCCUUGUUAUGAGAAAAGAGCAGGUUGACGACAGCCUAAAAUUUGGGUUUGUCAUAGACAAUUGUACAUUACGUUGUAAAUCUUCUAUUAACGGACUUUAUAAAGUUCAAGAAAAUACUAAUACUCUUGCCAAAAUUUUUAAGAAUGCCGUUGAUAAAUAUUCUUACAAUAAAUGUUUUGGAUAUCGCACAAUUGAAAAAACAGAUAAAGAAUAUGAUUCAACACAGAAAACUGAAACCGAGAAGCUUACUUUAAGUGAAUACAAGUGGUUGACGUACGGGCAAGUUUAUGCUAAAGUAAUAAAUUUCGCUAAAGGCCUUUUGGAAACUUAUGAUCUCGUGGGUAAGAAGAUAGCCAUAUUUAUGGACACUUGUAAAGAGUGGCAAAUAGCCGCCUAUUCUUGCUACGCUACUAGGAUCGGUGUGGUGACUUUUUAUGCCAACCUUGGAGAAGAAGCCAUCGGCUAUGGGCUCCAGCAAACUUCAGUAUCUCACCUCGUAACAGAAGGCCGCUUGGUUCCAACGAUAAAGAAAAUAGCUUCAAAAUGCCCAAAGCUGAAACAUAUUAUAUAUACAACUCAUUUGAGUGAUCCUUUGGAUCUUGAAGACAUUACUUUACUACAGUUUGAAGAAAUUGAAAAGAUGGGAGAGAAAAGCUCGAAAGUGCUAUGCCCGCCGGAACCCGGUGAUCUGGCUGUGCUUAUGUAUACCUCUGGUUCAACGGGACAGCCUAAAGGCGUUAAGAUCUCGCACCGACAGGCUGCUUCUGCUACUUACGGGAUCGUCAGUUUUUUUGCUGAUGGUGCCAGGUUUGUGCCUGAGGAUGUUUACAUUGCUUACUUACCGCUCGCCCACAUCCUCGAAUUGGUGGCUGAAAUGGCUCUUCUGAGUGUGGGAGCCUCGUUGGGCUUUGGUUCACCGAGCACUCUUUCAUGCUCCUCACCGAGAAUAAAGAGCGGAACCAAAGGAGACCUGGUUGCUUUAAGGCCUACACUAAUGGCUGCUGUUCCCGCAAUUAUGGACAGAAUAAGAAAAGGGGUAAUGGACCGCUUGGCCGGCUCUUCUUUUCUAGUCCGGUAUUUGUUUCAAUGGGCGUACAACGCAAGAAAAGCAGCCCGCAAAAGAGGGAAAGAUACGCCCUUUUGGAACGCGGUGAUCUUCAAAAAGAUCAGCGCUUUGCUUGGUGGAAGGAUGAGACUAUGCUUAUCGGGGGGCGCUCCACUCUCACAGAAAACUCAGGAAUUCAUCAAUGUGGUGUUUGGGAUUCCCGUUUUACAGGGGUACGGCCUCACUGAGACGACUGGCGUGGUCUCUUUAAGUCACCCUCGUGACAAGAGCUAUGGGCGCGUCGGCUGCCCAGUCGCGACAAUGGAGAUCAAACUGGUCGACUGGGAAGAAGGCGGGUACUUUGUGUCCGAUUCCGAACGCGGAACUAUCGGCCUUCCUCGAGGCGAGAUAUGUAUAGCAGGAGAAAAUCUUUGCGCUGGCUACUUUGCGGACGACGAAAAAACAAAUGAAGAUUUUGUGGCGGAUCCCACCGGAAAAUUGUGGUUUCACUCUGGCGACAUUGGACAGCUUCAUCCGGACGGGUGUCUUGAGAUUAUAGACAGGAAGAAGGACCUGGUAAAGCUGCAAAUGGGCGAAUAUGUUUCUCUGGGCAGAGUGGAAAGCGUUUUGAAAUGCUCGAAGUACGUGGACAACAUUUGCUUAUGUGCUAAUCCGUAUAAAAAGUUCACUGUAGCCGUAAUCUGCCCCGUGCGUCUUAAGAUUGAACUUUUCGCAACAAACAAGUCUAUUGAAUACGGCACACUCGAGGAGCUUUACGCAAAUAAAGAAGUAAUUGCUGAAGUUUUGCAAUCCCUACAGGAGGAGGCCAAAAAAGCGCAGUUAAAACGCUUCGAAACACCCAGUAGAAUCCACUUGACUACGGAUCUGUGGACGCCCGAAACAGAGCUGGUCACUACCGCAUUAAAGAUUAAAAGAAAAGAACUGAACAGUCACUACCGUAAGGAGAUCGAAAACAUGUACCGUUAAAAAAUUAAGCAGAGUUUUUUAUAUACACGAAAUUUAAA